AUGAGUUACCUACGUCACCUGGUGCGAGGAUACUUGACGCUCCUGUUUCUCGAUCUCUAUGUAAAUGCAACUAUAGUCAUUCCGGAGGAGGUUCCUUCAUUUUUAUCGAUUGUUUACUCAAAUAUCCCGCCAAUUAAGAAAG